ACUGGCUUCGAACAAGCUUAGUCCAUGAGCAGAUAAGGCGCGCGCCACGCCCACCACACACACACACAACGCGUCCCAAGUAAACCCCAUCGACGGGCAUGGGAGCUCUACCCGUCGCCCACAAGCUCGCUCUCACAUCCCCCUUCCUCCCGCGCCACCGCAGGCCCCGCCCCACCGCCCGCAGCUGGCGCCGGCGACAUGGAGCGGUGGUGGCGUACAUGGAGCCUAAUCCAAACUCCCCGGCGUCCAUCGCGGGGCGCCUCAUCGGUGCCUUCCCCGUGGUGGGCCUCGUGGCGCGCAUACUAAGCGACGAGGGCGGCGUCGGCGGCGACAUCAUCGACUUCGCCGAGUUCCGCCGCCGCGUCAGCAAGAAGUGCACCGUCAUGGACUCGCAGGCCUUCUACGAUUUCAACGAACGCCGCGGCAAGCCAGGAGACCCCUUCUACGUUUUGCUGUGCUGCUGGCUGGCUGCCGUCGGCGGCGGGCUGCUGAAAACAGAGGAGAUUUUGGAAGGCGUGGCGCGGCUCCGCAUCUCCAACGACAUCGAGUUUGAGGAGGAGACAUUUAUCGACAUGAUGAGGGCGGCAAAGGAGAAAAGAGCAAAGCUGAAGGCUCCAACUCCGCAGAUACCGAUGGAAGCGCGGGCAGAGAAGGCCCUCGAAGCCAUCUACAUCUGCUGCUUCUGGCAGGACAUGGUCGAGGAAGAGGACGAGAAGCUCCUGUGCACGAUACUGAACGCGGUCUUCCCGUCGGUCGGGAGGCCGACGGUCGAGAGGAUGGUGUCUGCCAUGGCGGAGCAGGUGGCCUCCGGCGAGAGGAAGCGGGACGUCAAGAACGUGUCGAAGGAAGUGGUGCAGCGGCAGCUCAAGGACCUUGAGUUUUUGAAACAGAACAAGCUGGACUAGUGACGAGCAGGACAUUUUUUUGUCGAACAGAUGGUUUUUACAGUCCAGGAAAAACAAAUCAUGCGGCGUGCUUGGCCGUAGUUCAGUCAGGUAUUGAGGUUCGUAAUUGCAGGAAGCCAGGAACGAAGCAGAUGCAGGGUGGUUUUGAUCAUAGGUGUGCUAGGACGAAUCAGCCAUGACAGCAGACAUUGCAACACAGUUUACACAGUUGAAUCAAUAUUGCGGUCACUGUCUUCUAAGAUAAAGUUGUGAGUCUUGUGACACAUUCGGAAAAAAAAAUUGUACUUUUUAAUGCUCCAUGUGUUGUGUUUUUUCAAUCAUCAGCUCAAGUGAACAAUGCAAAUCACGGACCAUCGGUUUAAGA